AUUUAAAGGAUUGGUGGAACUGUACUUCCUAUAGAAAAUUUUACCGAUCUUUGAAUAUACUUGUACAUGAUUGGCUGUACUCCUACAUCUAUUGUGAUAUGUACGCUAUUUUGAAAAGCAGAACUGUUGCUAUGGUGUCAGUUUUUAUGCUAUCUGCAAUUGUUCAUGAAUAUAUCGUAGCCGUUUCUCUCAGAUUUAUAUUCCCUCCUUUAUUCACAUUAUUUUACAUAGCUGGUAUUAUAUUCAUUUUUAUGACUCGAAGAAGAACCUCAAACUUCUGGAACUUUUUCCUUUGGUUUACUUUGUUGCUAGGAUAUGGACUUUUACUAGUUUUCUACUCUUUGGAAAUGUCUGCCAGGAUCAACUGCCCGAGGAUUUUAGAUUCUUGGCUAGACUAUGCAGUUCCUCGGUUUCUCCAUUGCAAUGUGAUAUCUUUUCCAGUUUAGCGUAAAAGUUUAGUU